CGGAGGGUGAUAGGGAACUGUUCCGCCGGCAAAGGGAGAGGAGAGCUAGAGCAGCCGAGGCCAGCAGAACCUUAAUUUGGUGAGGCUGGUGCUACAACAGCCAUCGCUACAACAGCCAUGACCAUGUCUGCGCAGCAGACUUCUCAAGCCGGUAGUUUAGGUACCGCCAGGUCCACGGUCGCACAGACUGUGAGUCAGUCUACUGGCUUAAUGGCAAGCCAGCCCGCGGUGUUGACCCCGGAGGAUGUCGCCAUCCAGCAGGCAGCCCUGCAGGAGGCACAGCUACAGCAGGCAUUAGGAAAGAUAAAAAGGGAGAAAGAGGUGAUGAUUAGAAGAAGCGCUAGGAUGCAGCAAAGAGAGACAGACAUAGAGGAGUUAGAAAUGAUGGACUUGACGCAUAUGGAUGAUGAUGUGAGGGUAGUUAGGAAGGCCCUGCUAGGGGUUAUAGAGAUGCAGGAGCACCAGACUACCAUCCUUCAGGACAUUCAACAGAGUCUGGCCGUGUUGUCAGGCCGCGCUCAGGCAACACCAUCACCAGCCGGGCCUGGUGCCUGGCCCGUGCCAUAUCCUCCUUUUUCUGUCCCACCGGUGACAGGGGUAUCCCCAUAUGUAGCCCCUUCAACGGUUGCAAUAGUUUCUCUCGGCAUGCCGCUUUUAGGAGGGGUAACAACAGGGAGUAGUUUACAGGCUCUUGUACAAAUAAUGUUUACUCCAAGUCCAUCACAGGUUGCAGUCACCACGCAGCCUGCUAUCUCGCAGUCAGUGCAACCUCAGGGCACACAGCCCCAGCAGCUAGCACAACAACCUGUAUCGCCGGGUCCACAGCCCAGGUUGGUGCAGGGACCGGGACAAAGUCAAUGGGUUCCAAAGACGGCCAUCGCCGCUCCCAAACCCUUUACAGGGGACAAGAGAGGCGAAGAUCUCGACACAUGGUUGAGGGCAGUGCCGGUCUAUGUCAGGUGUAAACUCACCUUGCCACAUGAAGAAGUGCUUGUGGCUGCAUCCUACCUAGAGGGUAGUGCAGCAAGAUGGUUAAGUGGGUUAGUCCAACUCCAGGGAUACGGUCAUGACUUCCGCUCUCGGGCAGCCUCUCAGAAAUUGGAGGACUUCCUGAAAAUGGUGGAAGAAAGGUGGCAUGAUCCUCAGGAGGCUCAAAAGGCCACUGAUGUGAUCCUGACGCUGCACACGUGGCAGUUUAAGUCAGUAAGGGUUGCCACCAACGCUGUAGAGCGUUUGAUUUGUGUUCCAGGGGUACGCUAUGACCCCCAGCUUGCUAUGAAUCGGAUAUUCCAUGACUACUUGGAUAAGUUUGUCAUCGUGUACCUCGAUGACAUACUUAUUUUUAGUAAGACUGUCGAGGAACAUGUUGCAGACUUGGACAAAGUCCUCGGUCUCCUGCGACAGCACAAGUUCAAGAUCAACGGUGAGAAAUGCGAGUUUGGCCGUACCCGUAUCUUGUUGGGUCAUGAGAUCUCCGCGGAAGAGUUGAAGCCCGAUGACGCGAAGGUGGCCAGCAUUCAUGAUUGGCCACGUCCUCAGUCUGUGACUGAGAUGAGAUCUUUCUUAGGAAUGAUAGGCUACUAUAGGACUUUCGUUAAGAACUACAGCAUAGUGGCCGCUCCUUUGACUGAUCUGACCCGCCUUGACUCCCCUUGGGAGUGGACAGAUAAGUGCGAGGCUGCUUUCAGACAUCUGAAGCAUGCAUUGACGCACUAUGAAGUCUUGAAACUUCCUGAUCCAGACAAGCCGUUUAUAGUUACAACGGAUGCCAGCCAAUAUGGCAUUGGCGCUGUGCUUGCGCAGCAGGAGGGGCCAAAGUUGAGGCCAGUAGAGUACAUGUCCAAGAAAAUGUCGUCUCAGAAGUUGGCUAAGUCCACUUAUGAGAAGAAACUCUAUGCGGUGUACAAGGCUCUCACCCAUUGGAGACACUACCUCCUUGGGCAGUUCUUCAUCCUCCGGACGGAUCAUCAGACCCUAAGAUGGAUGAGAACACAACCGGUACUCUCUGACGCUCUCAAGCGUUGGAUCGAAGUCAUUGAGCAAUAUGACUUUGACCAUCACUAUCUCGAAGGGGAGUACAACAAGGUUGUUGAUGCCUUGUCGCGCAGACCUGACUUCUCAGGUGCGCUGAUUACCGAGUUCGAUCUGACGGACGAUGUUAUUCAGUCUUUGGUGGAAGCCUAUCGUCAGGACCAGUUUAUGUCUGAGAUCAUACGCAGACUUGAGGCGAAGGAUAARAAGACCUCCGCCGAGUUUGAGUUGGUCAAUGGAUUGUUGUUCCUAAAGAAGGCAGGGAAUAAACGCUUGUGUGUUCCAAAUAGCGAGUCUUUGCGUAGUUUGUUUUUAGGCGAGUGUCAUGAUGCCACCGGCGAUUUUGGGUACAAGAAGACCGCAGCCAACUUGCUGCAGCGGUUCUGGUGGCCCACGAUAAUAAAAGAUGCACAGUUGUAAGCGGAAACUUGUCAAGUAUGCCAAAGAGACAAGCCCCGUACUCAGGCUCCUCUUGGGCUGCUCAAGCCCCUUCCGAUUC